AUGCCUCCCGCAGCCAACUCAACACUCGGCGACCGUCUCCAGGCCCUUGUCAAGGCCGGCGCUCACUGGUACACGCGUGCCUUCUUUGGCGCCCUCGUCAGCUACAGUGUCGUCGUCUACAAGUCCUUCCCUGAGAUCCAGUUCACCGCACAGUUCGCCCAUCAACUUUUCGCCGAGGAAAAUGUCCAGUACUUGUUGAUGGCAAUCUUUUGGUGGCGUUCGACCCCCAUGCUCGCCCCUCUGGUCCCCUACGCGAUCUUUGCUUUCUUCAACUCGCUCAACUAUACAAGGACCAAUAUUCUCCCCGCUCUCUUCCCAACUCCUCCUGCCGGCGCCACUGACCCCACUGCUGCCCAAGUCGCCAACAUCUCUCGCAAGAUCCAGGCAUGGACUGAGAAGAACCACGCCACCGCCAUGGCCUUUGUCGCCUACAUCGAAGUUGUCGGUGUCAUGGGUUCCCUGAUCUUUGGAGCCAUCACCUUCCAGUCGUCGUUCCUUUCGCCUAUUGUGUACGCCAACUUUUUGCGUUUCCGCUACUUCUUCUCGCUCCACACUCGUGCGGCUUUCGCUUUGAUCCGCGCCCGUCUUGACAACUUGAUUGUGCCCCCAGGCGGCAACCCCAAGAUCCCCCCAGUUGUUGCUCAGGGUUACACUAUGGCUCGUGGUGCUAUUACCCGCUUUGGCCAAGCUGCCGUUCAGCAGGCCCCGGCUGGCUCCAGUGCGCGCCAGUAA